UAGCAUGAGAAUCCAACUCUUUAACACUGUAAACAACUCUGAAUGCAUGAAACAGCAUUGUACCCCCUUUAAGUCCCCCCAAAUUACCCCUUUGUAACCCAAAUAACCUACUACAGUGUUUCCAGUUGAAUUAUUUUAGAAUGUUGCAGUUCUGAAUAAUAACUUUUUUCUUCUUCUAAAGGUUCACUCCUGUGUCUUUCCACCACAUUAGGCCCUACUUUUUUUAUUUUGCUAUGCCAUAGCAACUAUCCUAAAUACCCAACAUAGCAAAUCACAAAAUCACAGCUUGAUUGCACAUAUCACAAAUUAUAUUUAUUUAUUUUUGUCACACAUCAUAUCUCAUAUUUCGCUCAUGGCAGACAGCGUUUCCUUCGUCUUUGUAUACUUUAUCAAAGGUUUAUCAAAAGGGGCAGUAUAGAGAUCGGUCACAACAAUCAUGAGGAACAGUGUGUGUGUGUGUGUGUGUGUGUGUAUAUGUACCGUAUGUAAUUUUCACGCAAACAAUUGUUUAUUUCACUAAAUCGUAUGAUGGAUUUUCCUAUUUAAAAAAUAAAAAGAUAUUUGUUUGUUUUAAAUAAUAACAAUAAUAUUAUCAACAGCAAGAACUCGAUUAGCAAGUUUCGCGCCAAAACAUCUACGUGACAGAAACGAUACAAACAAGCACCGUGUCAACAAAAGCAGUGUCUGCAGCUCGUGCGGUCGCCAUGACAACUACAGUUUUGCUCGUCGUUGGCGUCUGAACGUCAAACCGCAUUUAGAGUCAACAUGCAGCUGCUGUUUACUACAGUAUAUUGAGAGGGAAAAUACGCACCUGCCAAAUACAUUCAGAAAUGCAGAAGAAUUUGCAUCUAGACGACAUUAUUUCCAAGAUGCCAUCCCUUGACUCUGACUUGUCAUCAGUAAGUUCAAACUGCUGUUCUCUGACGAUACUCCUUCACAGAAGUCUUUUUUAAUCGUUAUAUUAACAGUGUUUAUAGUUGUAAUGCUUAUUUUGAGCAAGUCAGUUAUGAUCUUAAAUCUCACAAGCUUUGCAAUACUGGUGGACUAACUAAAAUAAACACACAGCUGAAGUUCACAUUUCACUCUACAGUCAGACAAUGAAGGAGAGCUAUCUGUCUUUCAGCGACUACCAGAUAUUCACCAAAAGGAAGCAGCAUGAACAUGGAGAGUCCAAAAUUUGAGAUGUACUGGGAGACUGAUGAAUGAGACAGACUUUAAAGGGACCUCAGCACAAUUACAACACAAUCAAGACUCUAUUACCAUAUAUACUGAUUUGCGCAACAAUGCAUUUCAAACAAAACAAUCGGUCAUUAGCCAGAGUAACCGUGUCAUAAGUCCUGCACACCCGGACAAGAAAAUGAGCUCCACUAACAAGACGUCUAACACAAAUGCAAGAGCAAAUGGACAGAAAAGUCCCCUCAAGUGGCCCUGCAAAUGUCUCAGCUUUUGCUACCACCUCCAGCAGCGUCCUGGUCCGCUGGGGUGAAGUACCAGAGACUGACCGCAAUGGACUAAUUCUGGGCUAUAAGGUGGUAUACAAAGAGAAGGAUGCAGAGUCAGCCCUGCGUUUCUGGACGGUAGAGGGAAAUACCACUUAUAGUAUCCAGCUCACUGGUCUUGGGAAGUAUGUGCUUUAUGAGAUCCAGGUUCUAGCCUUCACCCGUAUAGGAGAUGGCAUGCCUAGUUCUCUGCCCAUCUUUGAGCGCACACUUGAUGACGUACCUAGGCCUCCAGUCGGGAUCUUUUUCCCUGAAGUCAGGACUUCCUCAGUGAGACUGAUCUGGCAACCCCCUGCCCAGCCAAAUGGCAUUAUCCUUGAGAAUUUUCUGGGAAGAGUUUAUUACUCCAAAACAUAAGGUCAAAUAAAAGUAUGUUAGAGAUGAGCUGG